GAAGAUGGCGGUCUCCACAGGAGUUAAAGUUCCUCGUAAUUUUCGCUUGUUGGAAGAACUUGAAGAAGGACAAAAAGGAGUAGGCGAUGGUAUGGUUAGCUGAGGCCUUGAAGAUGAUGAAGAUAUGACACAAGGUGGACAGGCAUGAUUAUUGGGCCACCAAGGACAAAUUAUGAAAACAGAAUGUAUAGCCUGAAAAUAGAAUGUGGACCUAAAUACCCAGAAGCUCCUCCAUCAGUUAGAUUUGUAACAAAAAUUAAUAUGAAUGGAAUAAAUAAUUCCAGUGGAAUGGUGGAUGCACACAGCAUACCAGUGUUAGCAAAAUGGCAAAAUUCAUAUAGCAUUAAAGUUGUGCUUCAAAAGUUAAGACGUCUAAUGAUGUCCAAAGAAAAUAUGAAGCUUCCACAACCACCUGAAGGACAAAGAUACAACAAUUAGUUUUAGUGGAUCUCAAACUUGUCUUAAAUCAACUACCUUCUACUCAUAUUAAUGUCUUAAUUAAAUAUCACAAUGCAAAAUACCCACACAUUAAGUAAAAGAAUUCCAGCUGAUAAACAUGACCUGGACAUUUGUAAGAAUAUAUUUAAUAUAUGUUCACCCAUUAUGUUUUCAGGUAACAGGAGGAAAAAUGUGGCACAAUUUUUCUUUCUCUUGUUAAGGCACUGUCAUUUAAACAUGAACCUGGAGUACUCCAAAUAGAAUUCAGGUUUACAAGAUGAAAGCAUGGGAAAAAUUGUCAGAUGUCAGUGGAAACAUGUUUCUGAAAAAUAAAAUCUCAAGAAGGAAAAACAGAAAUGGCAUACUUAUCCAUCUUGCUUAGUGAAAGAGCUGCAGUUUGAAAUUGUUCAAGUAGCAGGUACAAUGACUAUUGUCACAAAUUGUGUUAAUUUUUGAAGCAGUGUGGGUGCUGACUACUAGUAGUAUCAAAAAUAUGUUCAGGAUUGUUUUGAUACCUGUAUUUAUAAUAAAAAAUGUUGGGGGUUGAUGAAAUUCUGUCAAAAGCUGUUCUGUGUGUUACAUGUAACAGACAUGGUAAUAUUUGCUUACAGUCUUUGUUAAGUAAACCAUGCAUUUAAGUUUAGGGGAAGUCAACAAAAGGAAAUAGGUGUAUGGAUAUGUGAUUUUGAGAUUAGUCUUAAAAUGUAAAUAAAAUGUGGAACGUGUCCUCAGGGGAAAAAAA